AAAAGGUCUUUUUUCAAACUUGAGUCUCGAAAAAGAGGGGGGCGUCUUAUAAUCAGGGCCAUCUUAUAUUCGGGCCAAUACGGUAUUACAGUGAUUCUUUCAUGUACCGUUUGAGCAAGUGGUACUUUUUUUGCAUUUUGCAUUUUGAGAAGCACUGCACGAUACUGGCGCACUCACACGCACACCACUGAAAUCCUUGUACACAUCUACACGGAAAUCCAUUCAAAUGAUAGCUACCGUCGACCGAGAUGUGUGUUUUAGUCGUGUGAGAAAUAUGUCAGGAAUGAGUAUGAGAGCCUUUGAAAAUGUUUGCGUCCGAGGUACUCCUGACUUCUGUUCGUGACGGCCCCAUAGAAGGAUGCCAGCCAAGAAUUCCCAAGUGCGCAAACUUGAUGUAGCACUGAUCUAAGACUGCAGAUUGGCUAUGGGACGUGUGAAAAAUCAGCCAUUGCCUUGGCCGCGGGCAGCUCGCCAGUGGCGUAACUGCUGACACUUGAUAGUGAGAGUGGGUGGACCCUCAGGAGCUGACUCCUACUUUCAUUUGAUGUUAAAACAAAGCCACCUCCUCACACCAGUGAUGUUUCUCUUUGGCCACAACAGCGGAGCGGCUCUUCGCUUUCGCUGUUCCGGUUCAGAGGAUAACCCCGAGUCAAAUCAUCCACUCACUAUUGCACUUUAGAGCAUUAGAGCAACAUUUUUUCUUUUGAAGUGAAAGAUCUCAAAAUAAUAUAUGGAGAUGGAUUUGCUCAAAAUGUUCCACAUUAGGCUCCAAAGAGGAUACAGUAUAUCCUCUUAGUUGACUGAUUUUUCUUUUUGCUGGUAUGACGGAAACUUUUGAGAGUAAUGCUGUAUUAGCAGGGCAAUCAUGGAAAUAUGACAAAUGGGAGAAACAUGGAAUUUAUGCUCAUUGGCACGCGGUGGCAGCGUGUUAAAAAAAUAAAUGACAGCGAGAAAGCGUUCCAUCGCAUAUUAAAUAUACAUGAGGGUGAAACUGAAGCAAUAUCAACAGUUGUGCCCUUUCACUCCAGUUUGUUACAGACUCUUCAUUGAACUGAACGUGCAUGUGUUUUGGGAUGUGGGAGGGAUCCGAAUCCGAGACUCAGCAGACCCACUUCUCUGCCUCUACAGAUCAUAAUUUCAACCGUUUGUGAAUCAGGUGGAAUUCUGGGAGGUUGACCUCCCCCUCAAAACCCCAAAGUGUGUUAUUUUCUCUGUUUCUUUCCACCAGCCUUCGUUUCCUCUCCCUCUCUCUCUCUUUCUCACUUAUUUCUACUCCCAUAAAGUCAAGAACAGUCCAGAUGAGGACUAUUUGCCGAGACUGAUGGCUUCCUAGCAGCAAAGGCAAACACAAGUGUGCAGCCGCCCGGGGAGCGACAAAAGUCAUGGCGGUGAAAGAGAAUGCACGCCGUGUUGUCUUCAUCCUGCUUGCUGCCGCCAUACAUUGUCAAGUUAACCCAGAAAUGUGUCGCUAUCCUCUUGGUAUGACCGGUGGGCAGAUUCAGGAUGAGGACAUUUCCGCUUCCAGUCAGUGGUCUGAGUCAACUGCUGCAAAAUUCGGGAGACUUGAUUUUGACAACGGGGACGGAGAUGGCGCCUGGUGCCCCGACGUUUUAUCCGAAUCUGACGGCCAUAAAGAAUAUCUGCAGGUGGACCUACGAUCGCUGCAUUUCAUUACGUUGGUGGGCACACAAGGACGCCAUGCUGACGGCAUGGGGAAUGAAUUUGCCCAGCGAUACAGGAUCAACUACAGCCGUGAUGGCAGCAAAUGGGUGGGCUGGAGUAAUCGGAAAGGCCAUCAGGUCAUUGAGGGAAACAGGAACGCAUACGAUGUGGUGCUGAAGGAUCUGGAGCCUCCUAUUAUCGCUCAAUAUGUGCGCUUCAUGCCAGUGACUGACCACUCUUUGAUUGUGUGCAUGAGAGUUGAGCUCUACGGCUGUGAAUGGCUUGAUGGUCUGAUGUCUUACAGCAUCCCAGUGGGGCACCAAAUCGUCCAUCGAGGACUAGAUGUCUACUUGAAUGACUCUGUGUAUGACGGAGUAUCAGCUGAGAAAAUGACAAAGGGUCUGGGCCAGCUGACCGAUGGAACUUGGGGUCUGGAUGAUUUUCUCCAGAGUCGCAUGUAUGGUAUGUGGCCGGGGUACGACUACGUGGGAUGGAGCAACCGCAGCUCCCCCAAAGGUUACGUGGAAAUGACUUUUGAGUUCGACCACAUCCGAAAUUUCACCUCAGUGAAGGUUCACUGUAACAAUAUGUUCAGUCGAGGGGUCCGGAUGUUCAGGCAGGCCACUUGUUAUUUCCGGUCGGGCUCAAACUGGGAAUCCGACCCGGUGACCUUCAGGCCACCUGUCGACUCCGUGAGCCAAAGAGCCCGUUUUGUCACCGUGCCCCUCGGGGACCGUACCGCCAUCGCCAUCAAAUGCCGCUUUCACUUCAAUGACCUCUGGAUGCUGUUCAGCGAAGUCGCCUUCCAAUCAGGUGCAUUCAGUGUUUCUCUCCUUUCGUAUUUUCCCAAUAUUUAUCUUUAUCUUCUCCCUUGUUUUUCCCCACUGUCAGGCUCAGCGGUGUACAACACAUCUUUGACUCCUCGAAAACAUGGACACCCAACAAACGGGCUGCCAGGGGAUGAUCCAACUCACAAGGUGGAUGACAGCAAUACAAGGAUCCUGAUUGGCUGCUUGGUGGCUAUUAUCGCUAUCCUUUUGACCAUCAUAGUUAUCAUCUUGUGGCGGCAGGUGUGGCAAAAAAUGCUUGAAAAGGCAUCACGGCGGAUUCUGGAUGAGGAACUCACAGCCCGUCUCGCGCUUCAGACUCGGGCCUUUUCCUUCCAGCGCUCCUCUCUCUCCUCUUCUCUCUCCACCUCCAACUCCACCUAUGAGAGGAUCUUCCCCCUUUGCGCCGACUACCAGGAGCCAUCCCGCCUCAUCCGGAGACUACCCGAGUUUGCACAUUUCCCAGAACACCUGGGACCGAGCAGCUCCUACAGGACUCUUGCAACCGGUGGUUCGGAUGCCGCCCCCCACUAUGCAGAGGCCGACAUCAUCAGCCUGCAGGGCUCCGACAGCAACGGCCACUCCGUCACAGCUGUCAACCUCAAUAUCUUGGCUGGCGCAGAUCCAUCCAUGAGAGAGUUUCCCAGAGACAAACUCACGUUCAAAGAGAAACUGGGAGAGGGACAGUUUGGAGAGGUGCACUUGUGUGAAGCAGAAGGCAUGCAGGCCUUUUUAGAUGACGACUCAUCUGGAGAAGGGACGAACCGAACACCCUUACUAGUAGCUGUUAAAACACUGCGAGAAGAUGCCAACAAGAAUGCAAGGAAGGAUUUCCUGGAGGAGAUCCGAAUCAUGUCUCGCCUGAUGGACCCCAACAUUGUCCGUCUGCUGGCUGUCUGCGUGGACACAGACCCUCUUUGUAUGAUUACGGAGUACAUGGAGAAUGGAGACCUCAAUCAGUUCCUCUGCCAUCUCAGACUAAAGGAGGUGGAUGAUGAGGACUGUGAAGCGGGACAGGAGGAGAAAGAAGACAGGAAGAUGGUCAGCUACAGCAAACUGAUAGACAUGGCCGUGCAGAUAGCCUCCGGUAUGAAGUACUUGAACUCUCUCAACUUCGUCCAUCGUGACCUGGCCACACGGAACUGUUUGGUUGGAAAGAACUACACCAUAAAGAUCGCAGAUUUCGGCAUGAGUCGCAACCUGUAUCGCGGCGACUACUUUCGGAUCCAGGGCCGAGCUGUGCUGCCAAUCCGCUGGAUGUCCUGGGAAAGCAUUCUGCUGGGUAAAUUCACCAUGGCUAGUGACGUGUGGGCAUUCGGGGUGACUUUGUGGGAGGUUUUGACUCUUUGCAAGAAGCAGCCGUACGCCCACCUCUCUGAUGAGCAGGUCAUUGAAAACACAGGCGAGUUCUUCAGGGACCAAGGCAAACAGGUCUACCUGCCCCAGCCACCUCAUUGCCCCGAUGCCGUCUAUGAGUUGAUGUUGAGUUGCUGGAGGAGAAAUGCCAAACACAGGCCGAGCUUUCAGGACAUACACAGUCAGUUGGUGGAGCACCAGGCGUAACCCACAGGACAUCUGCUAAGCACAGCCUGCCCACUCGCAAAUUGUUCUGUAUAAAUGUUGAGUCACAGUCAACCCUGCAAAUGUUAUCCAGUUGUUUUAAACUACUUUGCGACAAAGGGACUGUAUAUAUGUGUGGCGUGCAACUGAAUAUACCUUUUAUACAGUACUAUUGUCAUAUUGAAUUACUCAUUCUUAUUUAUAAUAUUUUCAUUGUCUAUUUGGUGUCUAUUUAUAGGUUUGAGUUAUUAUUAUUGGGGUUUGAAACACAUUUGUGCAGCUUUGUAUUUUCAUACAUUUGUCUAACCCUUGAAUGAUGUGAUAUUUUAUUUUAUUUUUAGAAAAGGUAAGUGUAGUUGUGAGACCUUAUUAAACAGCAUUGGAAUGUUGGCUUUAUAAUUCUAAUGAUUCUUAUGAUUGGAACAUGAAGCAAUAUACAAAGUUUCAGUAUUCGUUACUUUGUAGGAAUAAAUAAAGUAUAAAAAAAAUAUUCAAGUUCACACAAUAAAGGACA